AUGCCACCAAAAACCUCAAAGAAGGCUGAUGCAAAGGCUUCUAAAGCCCCCGCUAAAAAGAAGGAAGGAUCCGGAGGAAAAGCUAAAAAGAAGAAGUGGUCCAAAGGAAAAGUCCGUGAUAAACUUAACAAUAUGGUCCUUUUCGACAAACCUACAUACGAUAAACUCUACAAAGAAGUUGUUACAUGUAAACUCAUUACUCCAUCAGUUGUUUCGGAACGCUUAAAGUGCCGUGCUUCUCUUGCUAAGGCUGCUUUAAGGGAACUCUAUGCUAAAGGACUUAUCAAACUCGUUGUUAAAUCAAGCUCUCAAUUGGUUUACACUCGUGCUACUAUGGUUGAUGAUGCUGAAUAA